AUGGGUUUAAAGAUAAUUGCACUGUGCUUGAUCAUCGCGUGUGCAGCAGUCAGCGGUAAUUACAGGAACGAUGGAUUUAUGCCCAGUACCGGCUACCAACGCACAGAGGACCAGCUAGCAGAGCCUUCGUCGCGCGUCGAGAAAGAACGCGAUGAAAGAGACAAUUCUGACCGGACGCAACGAUUUGGAAUAACCGGAUAUGGCAGCACUGGUCCUUACGGAUCAGCUCCCGGAAUAUACGGACCACUCAAGAUAGAUCUGGGUGGAGUACUCCUCGGUUCCAUUCUAGGGUUUGGAGCUAUUAUCAUUCUGCCCAAGAUCAUAAAUGCAUUUAGUUACGGUUAUGGAGGUUAUGGAAGAAGUGUAGAAUCAGACCUUGGUCAGGUGUCGGACAUGAUCAGCGAAUUCGACCAGAUGUUAUCGAGGUACAAUAUAGACGGAGGGUCGUGUGUUCGACGCCUGGCUUGCGCAUACGUACAGAUCGCGAGUGAAAACACGCAGUCUGGUAACGCUACGGACUUCGAUUUGUUACUUAAUAAUGUAUCAAGUAAUUCGUUAGUCCAUCGAAUGCUUGACGGUACAUCUAUAUACGAGGCCAUGUCAGCUGGUCGGUCUUUAGACACCGACUGCCAACAUCUCUACCCCAAGUGUAAACUGGACAAGAAAACUGUUGUGAAGAUGAUCACACAACUUGUACCUUCC